UCACAUUUCUCCUUAUUUUUGAGGUAACGUUAAAUGUAGUAGUAACGUUUUAAGUGGUCCAUUCAUAGCGCCGCCUCUCGUCUGUCAGACAGCGUCGAGGGCUUGAAACACCCAGUAAGAGGAAAAGGAAAACGAAGUUAACGCUAGUAGCUUGUAGCCUAGCUAUGAAUCCCUGCUACAGUCCAACCUAGCUGGCUCACAUUUAACUCGCUAUACAGUUAAUUUAAUAGAGAUGUUAAACAUAACCGGAUCAAAUGGUUUAUGAGAUUGUGCAGCCAUGGGUGACAUGAAAACCCCAGAUUUUGAUGAUCUUCUGGCAGCCUUUGACAUCCCAGAUGCCACAGGGUUGGAUGCUAAAGAACCCAGCCAGGGGAGUCAUGAGGAGACAGAGAGUCAGCUGAAACACACAGGGAUGUGUCUGGAUGACAGCUUAUUGAGUACUCAAGCUGUCACAGCAGCAGAUAUUCCUGUUGUAAGUGUUAUUGUGAAAAAUACAAGUCGACAGGAGUCGUUGGAAGGUUUUGAGCCAGCAUUACAAAAUGGAUUCGGGGGACAAGAUACCUCCAUUGACUUUGUUGAGACAACCAACGUUGGCUUUUCCAAAUCAUUUGUCUCUGCUUUGAACGGGGAGAGUUCAAGAGAGCUUCUUCGAAAGGCACCUAUUCUACACAUACCUGAUGGAACACCAACAUUUUCCCAGUCACUUUCUAAUUUUAGUCCCAUCUCCAGUCCUGAAUCUGAAGAAACUCAGUGUAGUAGAGAUGAAAUGCAUCCAAGACAAGACAGACCCUGUUUCCCAGAAGCUUCAGAUUUGGUGGAGCCUUCAAUCCCAGACAAUCCACAAAAACUGGACCUCAGUAUGUUUGACGAGUGUCCAAAUGACUCUGAUAUUCCCAAGAACACUCAGAGAAACAGAGAAGAAAGUACUAGAAGCGAAGAGUCCUCUGACAUCUGUGUCAGUAAGGAAACAAAUAAAACACCUAGAUUACACAGUGCACUUCCCCGACUAAUUAGUAACCAGAGCUUUACUGAGACCAACUGCAAUUCAGGAAAAACAAUGAUUGUUCCCACUGCUUAUCCACAUGUCAAAUCUCAGACAUCUAAAUUAUCCUCUUGCCUUGAGGCUCUAGUGGCACUGAAUGCUAUAAAAGAUCCCAGCGAGCAGAUUAUUCCCAGAGAGUCAUCAGCGGUUCAGAAAGACUGCAUGAAAGCAAGUCCCAAGGUGCCCAUAUCCCCACAAAGUCCACUUGAAGCUGUGAAACGGUUAUUGAAACCCUCCGAUAGUCCUGUAAGCAUCUGCAGUGAUAGUAGUGGCAAAGUAUCCCCCGCAGUGGCAACUGGGUCCCCCCCUGCCAUACCCAGGGUCAGAAUUAAAACCAUUAAAACCACAUCUGGGCAGAUCAAGCGCACAGUCACCAGUGUGCUGCCUGAUUCAGAAACAGAUGAAGUUCAUUCUGCAAAUGAAUCCUCUCCAUCACAUAGUAUGAUGAGUGAAGAUUCAUACUGUAAUAUGUCUCCUCAUCAGUCUCAAAAGGCAUCUGUUGAUAGUGUUGUUGUAGUACAAACUAAAGGUACCCCAGCCAGUACAUCUUCACCAAAACAUUCACGCAAUAAAUCAGAGGUGAACUCCAAGAGGUCAGGCAUAAUGCAGUGCCCAACAGUAUUCCAUAAUACUAGUGGUCCUGUCAAACGAUCUGCUGCACAUAAUUGGCAGAAACCAAAGAGAGGAUCAUCCACAACUGGCCAUACAACUAGCACCAACUUCCUUCCUAAAGCAAUGCACUUAGCUAGUCUGAACCUGGUCCCUCACAGUGUUGCCGCCUCGGUAGCUGCACGGUCCACCUCUCAUCAACAAAGCCAACAAACACUCUCCUCUACGGUGUACAGCACCGUACCACUAGUGCAUCAGGUCAAAACAGCUAGCCCUUAUCCUCGCACGUCCGUUCCCAACACAGCAGCAGGAACCUUAAACAGACUGUUGAACAAUGCCAACCCCGUGCCUACAUAUGUGCCCAACCUGAACCCCCCUCCAGGGAGCGAUAUCAGCCUUCCACCACGCGGAUACUGCUGCCUCGAGUGUGGGGACUCCUUCGGGGUGGAGAGGAGUCUUGAGUAUCACUACGGCAGGAGGAGUGUUCACAUUGAAGUAGGAUGUACGCACUGUGCAAAGACGAUGGUGUUCUUCAAUAAAUGUGCCCUGUUGGCACAUGCACGGGAGCACAAGAACAAUGGCAUGGUGAUGCAGUGUACACAGCUCCAUAUGAAACCCAUAGCAGAGGAUCAAAUGUUUGUACCCCUGAGUGCUGUGAACGUGGACUCUUUCACUUCCCCGUCACCUAAAAACCCACCUGUCCUGCCCCUAUAUCCAGACAGUGUCAUUCGCCACCGACUCCGUUGCCUGGAGUGCAACAAGCAGUUAUCUGACUACAAAGCACUUGCAGGCCAUUACCAGAGGCCGUCUGACGAUGUGGACGGACUAUUGUGUAAAGUAUGCUCAAUGCUGUUACCCAACAAGUGUAGCUUCAGAGCUCACCAACGCAUUCACACACACAAGUCCCCUUACUGCUGUCCUGAGUGUGGUGCCCUGAGUCGUUCUGCAGACAUACAGAAGCAUGUCAAGGAAAACUGUCUGCACUACGCUCGCAAGGCUUGGUACAAAUGUCUUCACUGCGAUAUGGUUUUCAAGACCCUUCAAGGACAAAAGACUCACAUUGAGGAGAAACACUGUGAAGUUCUUUACAAGUGCUCCAUCUGUCCAGUAGCCUUCAAGACCUCUGACGGCUGUGAUGUGCAUUUAAAAAAUAAACACAAUGCAAGCAAAGUAUCCCCUCUAUUAAUCUUUAAGUGUUCAUGUGAGACAGUCUUCAAGAAAAAACAGUUACUGUUUCAGCAUUUCCAUCAGAAUGCCAACAAGCGUGUUACGUGCGUAUUCAAGUGUCCAGAAUGCAACUCGGUCUUUCCACAAAAGCAGAUGUUAAUGCAGCACUUCAAGGGUGUUCAUGUCGGAAACGUGGCGGAAGAGACGGAGAAGAACAGUAAACGGACAGACAAUCCUGAGCAGUACCAGGAUGCACAUUCUGUCCAACAACAGAAGAGUCACAGUCCUGUUAAACACACAGAUAGGCCCAGAAAGAAGUCUGAGCAGGACAGGAGGCCUCGUGUGAAGACCACCGGCUGGACGUGUGGCGAGUGUCUCCAGUGUUUCCCUGAACGAGACUCCUAUGUUUCUCAUGUAAAGACCAACCACGGAAAGUCAGUGAAGAAGUAUCCAUGUCGACAUUGUGAGCAGUCGUUCAACUCUACAACCAGUCUGAAAAGACAUAUUCGCAAUGACCAUGAUGGAAAAAAGAAAGUUUACACUUGCUGGUAUUGCACGGACACCAAGAAGAUAUUCACGACAAGUGUGAUGUUGAAGAACCACAUCAGUCUAAUGCAUGGAAUCAAGAAUCCUGAUCUUGGCCAAAUGCAACAAAAAGUAACAGCCAUCAAGGAAUCAAAAAAGGCUUUGGGCAAGGGGCUUGUAUCAGAAAGAGCUGCGGUGGACACACGAGAGGAGGGCCAGGAUCGCACUUUAACUCUCAAGGCUCCUCCAGCGAAACGUCUGAAAACUCAGUUCCGCUGUUCAAGAUGUGGUUUUGUCACAGACAACAGUACACAGUUCAAGCAGCAUAUACCGCAGCAUAAGACUGAUGAAAACACUCCUCAAUGCCUUCACUGUGGCUUGUGUUUCACAUCUGUGCUGUCUCUCAGCAGACAUCUUUUUAUUGUACACAAAGUCAGAGAUCCCAAGGAAGGGGAGAAAGAAGGAGAGGAGGACGAGGCAGAGGUGCGGGAGAAGAAGACGGAGCAGGUUAAUCGGUCAGUUAGAUCAGCAGUUGCUGAUGGGGUCAAUGACUUGUUACCGGAGCUAAUUGACCCUGAGCCAUCGCAGGCAGGAGAGCCAGCGAGUCUGCACUGUGACAAGACCUCGGACUGUAAUUUAAAACUGAGCACUCACUCUCAGACACAAGCAGUCUCUCUUCGGUAGUGAGACCGCGUUAAAGCUGCUUUCAUAUCUUCUGUUUUCAUGUCAAAGUAACAAGGGAUGCUUGAUGUUCUGCAUGGAAAGUGUUUGGGCCUUUUCAAUUAUUUUCUAUUUCUCUCAAGUUUUUCGGAGUGCGUGCAGUAUCCUUAACAUUUAUUAAAGAACAGUAUUUUCAUAAAUGAGAGGACAAAUUAAUAUUAAUUUUUCAAUUAUUUUAUAUUUAACUUUGCAUGUUGGUAAUAUAUUCAUCUUAUCUUUCAUAACUACAAACAUUACAGCUGAAGCUUUGUUCUUGUUUUUUCCCACAAAUGAUCCAUCCACAGGAGACUCAGGAAUGUCUGUUAGAGUUUAGGUUUAGUGUUGAUUGAUGUAAAAGUGAAGAGGUGGAUGUUUGCCUUUGUAAUCAUCUUAACUGCUUGAAUUUUGUUUUGAGUAUUUAAUGCUACACACUAUUACCUGAGAGAGAUUCAGGUUGUCGUUUCUAUGACAUGACUAUGUUGCAAUUAGUUUGCAGUACAAAGCUGAAUUUUGGUCACCAUUUAUUACAACGCGCAGUAUAUUUCAGUAAUCAUUUAAAGCAGUAUUUACGCGUUUGUGGUAAACAGUUAUUUGUAAAAAAAUAAAAAUAUCCCGUGAGAUUAAAUACAGGCGAGAUGUUUUGCUAAACCUACUGAAGUUAGGCUACACAUAAUAACAAGACUUUCUUUCUUCUAUUUAAGCAUUGUAAAAUGCUUAUUGUCUCUAUGUUUAUUGAACGUGUUUGAUUUGUGGGUGCAUGUGUCGUCCCACAUCGGGCCUUUUUCUUUGUUUUCUUUUUUUUGAACGAGUGUGAAGGAUAAACAUGGAGAGGUAUUGGAUGUGUGGUGCAGCAGUAUUGAAAAUACCUCAAAUUGCCAGAAGUGUGUUUUUCAGGCAAGUGAACAGUCAAUGUAAUGUCAAAUCAGGGUACAUGGUUUUGGAUAAUCCAGAGCAGGUGUGAAAGUGAAGUUUGUCGGCAUAUCGGAGAUAGUGUUUUAUAAAUCAGGACCUGUUCACAUGAUGAGGAUAAUACAAGUAGGAUCGGAGGAAUUUGUUAAAUCUAUGAUGACUUCAGAGGAAAGACAUUUCUUAGAACAAUGCUCAUAAUGGUGGGAACUUCUUGUUUGCAUGUCCUGAUUUGUAAAGCAGCACCUCUUAUUUUGUAUUGAAUACAUGACAGUUCCUACCUCCAUGGUUAAUGGCAGUGAUUGUUAAACGAUGAAAGACUUUGAGGAGUUGCAGGUAAUCUCAGUGCAAUGUAUUAUCCCACAAUAUUCAAUUUUAUAAAUUAUUUUGGGGAAAAUAUCGAGGCUAUAUGGUCAUAUUGACUUAACUGGCAAGUGAACUUUUCUAUUUAAGUGCUACGUGAGCUCCUUAUUUCUCUGUAAUCUUACAUCCUUAAUUUGCCACACUGCAGCUGUUAAAACUGCAGACGCUGAAAAUAAUUACUUGUUCACGCCUUGUUCUUUUGUAAUGCUCGUUGAAAGAUAUUUGUACUUUUGAUACUGUGUACUGCAAGGACUUGUAUAAGAAAGUAACCUGUGUACAUACAGUAGCCAACGAACCUUGGAUUCACAGCAUUUCUUAAGCCAUUACAUCUAUUCAGCAUGCAAUGGCCCUUGUGCCUUGCUGUAAUGUUUACGUCAAAGUACUUAAAAAAUAAAUUGGUGCAUUUAAUUAUA